UAUGGUAAGCUUAUUUUCAAUCAAAACACCUGUGGUUUGUUCUCACCCGAAGAGAACUUGUUUCCUAAUAUUGUUAUAGCUUUGACUGGGACCUAUCAUUGGUAUCAGAGCUAUGGCAACCAACAAAGAAAGAAUUGAAAUCCUUGAAGCUGGACUAGGAGGAGUUCAAGAUAGUCUGAGCCGAAUAGAGAUCGGUGUGGCUGACAAAUUCACUCAAAUUGAGAUGGCCAUCAGCAAACUGUCAGAAGUUCUACUGGCCAACCGAACUGCUUCAUCCAGUAACAUUCUUGGUGAUCCGCCUACCAACUCUCCUAUUGGGCGCCUCCGCAACACAGUGGAGGAGACUCGAGAUAGCUCUGAAGGAGGACGGCCAUUGUUCUUUUCCAAAUUAGCUAAGCUAGAAUUUCCUCGUUUCUCUGGAGACGAUCCAACUGAAUGGUUCACAAGAGUGGAUCAAUUCUUUGAGUAUCAAAGCACUCCCGAACAGCAGAAAGUGCCCUUAGCUUCCUUUCACCUUGAAGGCGAAGCAAAUCAAUGGUGGCAAUGGCUGAAAAGAUCCUAUACGGAAGAAAAUAAGGAGGUAACAUGGGGGAUUUUCCAAGAAGAGCUAUGGGCAAGAUUUGGUCCUACCGAGUGUGAGGACUUUGAUGAAGCUUUGUCGAGGGUAAAACAAAUGGGCUCCUUACGUGAUUAUCAGAAAGAGUUCGAGCGUCUCGGUAACCGGGUACAAGGCUGGCCACAAAGAGCUUUAGUGGGGGCAUUCAUGGGUGGUCUCAAGCCAGAAAUAGCUGAUGGCAUAAGAAUGUUCAGACCAAGAUCGCUGAAGGAAGCCAUAAGCCUUGCGACGAUGAGAGAUGAGCAAUUGAGUCGCCAGAAAAAAGUUAUUCGUCCUUUCAGCCGAUCCAUUGCCGACUCUCCUUCUCCAGUGAAGUUCAAAGGAACUACUCCUGUCAAAAGGCUCACUUGGGAUGAAAUGCAAAAGAGAAGGGCGCAGGGGCUAUGCUUUAACUGUGACGAAAAAUUUAUACAAGGGCAUAGGUGCCGAGGGCCUCAACUUCUACUCUUAGAUGGUAGCAAUGACAAUUCGGAAGAUGAUGAAAUUGACGACUCAAUGGAGCAGCCACCUGAGAUUUCUCUACAUGCACUUUCGGGUUGGACAGCUUAUAAGACAAUGCGGGUGAUGGCGCGGAUUGGACCAUGUGAAGUGGUGGUCUUAAUAGAUAGUGGGUCUACUCACAAUUUUAUUAGCAAGAAGAUGGCUAAUUUGUUACAACUACCUGUACUUCCAACCGAGCCAUUCAACGUUAAAGUGGCGAAUGGAGAGCCAUUAAAAUGCCAAGGCAGAUUUGAAAAUGUCCCAAUUAUGCUGCAAGGUAUUCCUUUUGUCCUCACUUUAUAUGCCCUACCUUUAAUUGGAUUGGACUUGGUCUUAGGUGUCCAUUGGCUGGAGCAAUUGGGAACAGUUGCAUGCAAUUGGAAGAAAUUAACCAUGGAAUUCCAGUGGGAUAAUAAAAAUCAAAAAUUAGAAGGAAUUGACACACACUCAAUCCAACCUGCAACCAUGAAAGCCAUCACCAAGGAAGCACGACACGGAGGAUCCAUGUUUGCUGUUUCUCUUCAACCCACAUCAGAUUCCACAUCAUUGAGUGUCGAACCAGAGAUGAGCCAAUUGCUACAGAAAUUUGAUGAUGUCUUCCAAGAGCCGACACAACUUCCACCUACCAGAGAAGUCGAUCAUCACAUCAAUCUGAAAGAAGGCACCGAGCCGAUCAAUGUGCGACCAUACAGGUAUGCCUAUUUCCAAAAAGCUGAAAUUGAAAAACAGGUUCAAGAUAUGAUAAAAUUGGGGCUUAUAAGACCUAGUACUAGUCCAUUUUCAUCUCCUGUUUUGCUGGUUAAAAAAAAAAGAUGGCUCAUGGCGAUUUUGUACGGACUAUAGAGCACUCAAUGCUGUG